AUGAAUUUCUACCCUGUCCCUCCCGUCAUUCAAACGGAAACCUAUAUCCGCAUCCCCGACUCGAUCCGAUGCACUGGCCAGCCCACCGAAUGGCGCGGCGGAUCCGCCACGCCGAUGGCCGACAUUUUCCUCGAGGGACCGACCUAUGUCUCGAACGGGGAUCUCUACCUGGUCGACGUACCAUAUGGAAGGAUCCUCAAGGUGAACCCCGACAAGGAGGUGACGGAAUGCGUACGCUGGGACGGCGAACCUAACGGACUCGUCGUGCGAGGAGAUGGAUGUCUCGUAGUAGCAGAUUACAAGCAGGGAAUUUUGCUGUUCGAUCCGUCCACGAAUGAGAUAUCGCCUCUUCUCACGCGCCGCAACCUCGAACGCUUCAAAGGACCCAAUGACCUGAUUGUCUCGUCCACGAACGACAUUUACUUCACCGACCAAGGUCAGACCGGUCUAACGGACCAGACUGGUUGCGUGUACCGGCUCUCGCCUACGGGUAAACUCGACUGUCUGGUCUCGAACGGUAUCUCACCCAAUGGCCUAGCCUUGUCCCCCGACGAGCGAUUCCUGUACGUGGCCAUGACCCGGUCCAAUGCGGUCUGGAGACUGCCGCUGCAUGAAGAUGGCACCACCACAAAAGCUGGGUUGUUCUUCCAGUCUUUUGGAAAUGCGGGACCAGAUGGACUGGCGGUGGAUGAGGAGGGGAAUGUUUUUAUCUGUCAUCCCAGUCUUGGGUCUGUGUUUGUUGUGGAUGCGGAUGGGGUUCCGAAAGCGCGGAUUGUAACUGCGCCGGAGGGAGGAAAGAACUUGACAAAUUGUACCUUUGGGGGUCCCGAUCAUAAGACACUCUUUAUUACAGACAGUAUCAAGGGAAACGUGCAGUUUGUCCGUUGGCACUGUGAAGGCGUUCCUCGAUCCCGUGCGACAAAGGCAAAUUGA